AUAAUUCUUAAAUAAACAAGUUCAUACGCGUGUACUUCGUACUGAUAGAACUUAAAAGUAAUCACACAAACAAUUUCAUAGUAUUUUAAUAAAGUAGUAGUGUGUUAAUGGACAUAAAAAUGAAGCGAAUUUAUUCGUUUUUAAUUUUCUUAUUUUUAAGUGAUAUAAGUUUAGUAAAAUGUCAAGAAAGCAUUAUAGGAAUGCUUAACAUUACUGGCAAUGACAUUCUAGAUGUGCUAGCUCAGUUCACACUGGAAGAUAUUUGCGAAACGAUCAAGAACAAUCAGGAGGAUAGUUUAUGCGGGAAACAGUUAAGUAUACUAUGUGACAACGAAAAUGUAUUGCUGCAAAUGGUAGAUGCUAAUUCCAAGAUUCCUUAUACUGGUUUAUUUGUAAGAACCAAUUUAGACUUAGGAAGUUAUGACGAAUGCAUUGACAUAGAUUUAACUGAAGAUGAUAUAAGGCUUUUGGGGAAGCAUUGUACUGGUGGACUUAUUUUGCCAAGUGAAUUGUUUAACUUAGAAACUAAUGUCUCUCUCCAUGACUAUUAUGUUUUAUCAACUUGUGUACCCAACGCAUGCACACCUAAGGACCUUAUUAACCUAUUGAACAUACCUGAGGAGUAUGCGCCCUUACUAAAUGAUUUUGCUUGCUCGACAAAGCAAGGAUUACCUAUGCAAUGGCAGGAUUAUACAUUUCUGGCCUUCUCGCUUCUUAUCUGCUUAAACAUACUGGUUGCUACUCUGUCUGAUAUCUACUUAGCUUCUAAGGUCUCAAAUAAUGGAUUUAGACUGUUUGCCAAAGCAUUUUCACUAGCACACAACGGCAAGCAGUUGCUAAAGACCUCUAAGGGUUCUGUAGAACAAAUACAAGUUAUACAUGGCUUACGAGUUAUUAGUAUGGCUUGGGUCAUACUGGGUCACACCUUUUCCACUUUUAUCAAUGCCCCUGGAAUAAACAGAUCGUAUUUGAAAGAGUUUGAAUGGUCCAGAAAAUCAACCCACAUAACCUCAUUACAUUUAGCUGUAGACACAUUUUUCUUUUUGUCUGGACUAUUGCUGGCUUAUCAGUAUUUAAAACAGAAGCCCACCUCAUUGCUGGUCCAUCUGAAACGGAUACCCUUAAUGUAUUUUCAACGUUACGUCCGAUUGACUCCAGUAGUUGCUUCAGCCUUCAUAAUUCUAACGACAGUUUUCAUGCAUACUGGAAAUGGACCGCUUUUCUAUGCUGGGAUUCAAAGUGAAAAAGAUCGAUGCUUAAAGCAUUGGCUUGCAUUUUUUACUUAUACGCAAAAUUAUGUUGCACCUGAGGAUAUGUGUAUGGCACAUACCUGGUAUCUAUCAGCUGACUGGCAACUAUUUCUAAUAUCCCCUAUAAUUCUAAUACCAGUUGCCAUCUUAAUCAAGACCCAUUUUAAAUGGAUCAUGGGACAUUUACUGAUAUUUAAUUUGUUAGUGGGAACUGCACUUCCAAUGGUUUUAAAAAUGUUCUAUCAUAAUUCCAGCAAUCUUUUUGAAACUCACACGAGACUAAACGUCUAUUUUAUGGGUUUUAUGUUGGGAGUUUACAUGAGAGAGAAACAAGACAGCAAAUGGCGACUGAGCAAGGCUACAAAUCUUCUGUUUUGGGUAACUGCUCUAUUAAUACUUAUUGCAACAACAUUAGCUUAUAAGGAAGUACAGCUGGCAAGAUAUUACGAUAAUGACUUCACUUAUGACAUGUACUUCGUACUUUUAAGGGUGUUUUGGUCCUUAGGGCUCGCUUGGGUCAUUUUUGCGUGUCAUAGUGGAUAUGGGGGUUUUGUAAACCAAAUGCUUACAACCCCUACUAUGCAAGUGCUAAGCAAACUGACAUUUUGUAUGUAUAUCACACAUGCAUGUCCUAUUUUAUAUCUGCGUUUGACCGUUAAGGCUCCAAUAGAGUAUAGUCAGCUCAAUGGGUAUAAGGAUGCGAUAUUUGCCUAUAUAGUAUCCCUUGUUCUGUCAGCUCUAUGGACCUUAGUUUUUGAGUCACCAUUAAUUGUUUUACUAAAAGAGUUAAUGCGUUCCAAAACGUCUAAACAGGAAAAUAUUCAGAAUAGUAUUAAAUAAAGGUUUUAAAAGUU